AGAGUAGGGGGGUAGGAGCUGGAAGGUUCGAGAAGAGCGUGGCUUUUGGUUUUGAGACGGCGACGAGAGAAGGUCGAGAGAAAAAGACACGGAAGUUUUGGGGUGUUGUUGUUCACGAAGGGGUGAGAAGUUAGUGUCAAGGAGAGGUGUCAUCCUGUCAUCCUGACUUUGUCAUCCUGACUUUGUCAUCCUGACUUUGUUAUCCUGACUUUGUACAUCUCGAAUUUGUAUGUCUUGGCUUUGGAUGUCUUAUAACCAUUUCACAUUGGUGAUAUUAAUAUGGACGACACUUUUAAGGCAAGGUAUUUACUAGCAGGUGAGCUCGAUUAUGAGUUGCGUAUAAGGGGAAUUGUAACCAAGCGUGGUAGUGAUGAUAAACGGAGGUUGUUGCAGCGUUCGGUUGAUAAAGACAUCGGUCGACCACUAGAACUAAUUUUGGCGUAUAAAGACCCGCAGUUUGAUUACGAGCAGGAAGUAGAAUCAAUUAAUAGUACGAUUGAUAGUAUUAAACAGUUGAUGCCGGAAUUUGAAGGUUCUCCUCAAGAUGCUUUAUUUAAACGGUUGCGAACGCGAAUUGCUCAUGCGACUCUUCGGGUUCUUAGAAUUAAAAUUCCUGACAAUCUUUCCGAACACGACGCUAAAGAAAUGGUGGAGUUCCGUAACGAAUCUCAUGCAACGUGUGCGCUACUCGAGGCCGAAUUGUAUGAUAAGGUAGAGACCACCGCAUCGCCGCAAGUGUCUUCUCCGGUUGCUCCCGUUAUUUUUCCGUCAGUAGUUCCUUCGCUUCCACUAGUUGUCAAUACUAAAUUAGUACCAAUUUACAAGUGGGGGAUUUCGUUUAGCGGUGAAGCCCAAGGUGUAGGGGUUAAUCAAUUUCUUGAACGUGUUGACGAGUUGUGUCAGGCCCGACAUGCCACUAAGGAUGAUUUGUAUAACUCAGCAGUUGAUUUGUUUAGCGGAAAAGCGUUAUUAUGGUAUCGAGCUGUUAGACAUAAAUACGUAGAUUGGGAUUCGUUAGUGAACGCGAUCAAGCAAGAAUUUCUUCCUAGUGAUUGUGACGAUAUUUUAUGGGAUGAUAUUAAAAAUAGAAUGCAGAGCAAGGGCGAGUCCAUAUCAAUUUACGUAGCAGUGAUGGAAACACUUUUCUCGCGCCUUUCGCGUGCUCCGUUAGAAAUCACUAAAAUCAAAGUAAUCCAAAAAAAUUUGGGCUUAGCAUAUUUGAAUCAUUUAGAGAUCGCGGAGGCAAAAACGUUAGAUGAAUUAAUUAGGAUCGGUAAGAAAAUCGAGCAGAUGCUUAGUUUGAGACAAAGAUCUAAGGUUCCGUGUCGACAGUCGUGUUUGUUGGAAGCCGAGUUGGCUGGUGUACAAACACAACCUGUUCGGGAUACGUUUAAGGAAAAAUCCAGUAACGAGAAAAUUUCUAAUUUUGUGGUCCCGUCGAGGGCAGAUGUACAACCUUUCGGUGAGGGUGAAGUAAAACAAGGCAAGGAAGAUCCGCGGAAGACCCUAUUGAUCUGUUGGAAUUGCCGACAACCAAAUCAUAGCUACCGCAAUUGUGUGGCCAAGCGCGUGAAAUUUUGUUACAAAUGUGGUCUGCGGAACGUGACUGUAGCAUCUUGUCCAAAAUGUCGUUCGGGAAACGAGUAACGGAAACACGAUUUUUAGGCCGGUCGUCGUUUCCAAAGUUUCACAAGGUCAACGCUGAUCGGAGCAAUCGUUUCGGUACUACCUAUUCUAAAGUAAAAAGUUUUGUUCAGACUCGCGAUGAUUGGAACAAAUGGGUUAAUUUUGUGCGUCAAUUUUAUAAGAGUAGUAUUAGUCCUAAAAAGGGGGAAGUCGCUCCUACAUUUUCGAAAAGGGAUGGGGAUAACAGGCCCUUUAUUUCGGUUCAAUUGAAUGGUAAAUUUGUCGAGGGGUUAUUAGAUACUGGUUCUAAUUGCAGUAUUAUCGGACGUGGUGGUUUAGAUUUACUUAAACAACCGCGAUAUCAUAUAAAUAUGGUUCCUUCCAAGCUAAAGGCCGUGAUCACCGCAGAUGGAAAAUCUCACUGUGUUGCAAGCGCAGUGGAACUGGAGAUUGGGUUGCAAGGAAGGCGUCAUAAAAUUUUCUUCUAUGUAGUACCUGAUUUGAUACAUAAAAUAGUUUUGGGGAGUGAUUUUUGCAGACUUUUUGCGUUAAAGUUGGACUUUCGAACAUUUUCUUAUGAAAUUUCAAGUGCGGGUUUAAAUAAUGGUCGAAAGCAGCCAAAAAUAUCGCACGUAGGUGCAGUAGAAGCAUCAACAGAGUUAAAUUCGGAUAUCGAUCAGUUAAUAUCUACGGAUUUUGAUGCGGAUAGUCGAAAGAAAAUAGAAGAAGUAAUUGGGGAAUUUAAAAAGUUGAAUUACACCGAUCAACUGAGUCGAGCUACAGUUAGUCCACACCGUAUUGACACCGGAAACGCGCCUCCCUUCAAGCAGAGACAGUUUUGGUGGUCUCCGUAUACAGGGUUAGUCACGAGAGAAUUACUUCUGAAAAUUAAUUUUACGCAACCCAAAAUACGAAUACCAUGUACCAUUUGAU